AUGGCUCCAAUCACCACUAAGAAAUCCAAGCAAGUUAAGAAGUUCACCGUUGACACUUCAGCUCCAGUUGAAAACGGUGUCUUUGACCAAGAAGGUUACAUCAAGUACCUUGUUGAACACAUCAAGGUUGACAACAUUGUUGGUAACUUGGGUGAUGACAUUUCAGUCACUGCUGAAGGUUCAAACAAGGUUGUUGUUGUUUCAAACACCAAAUUCUCAGGUAAAUACUUGAAGUACUUGACAAAGAGAUACUUGAAGAAGAACCAAAUUAGAGACUGGAUCAGAUUUGUUGCUGUUAAACAAAACCAAUACAGAUUGCAAUUCUACAGCGUUGAAGAAGAUGAAGAAGAAGGUGAUGAAGAGUAA